AUGGGGUCAACUCAAACCCUAUUAGCCACAGCCCUGGUAAAGGCUGAGUCCAAAAAUGGUUCUCCUCUGAUAUUAAGAGCUCUGCUUGACCAAGGGUCUCAAGCAUCUUUUAUAUCAGAAGCAGCCGUACAGUUGUUACGACUGAAUAAGAUUGCUGAGGCAAGCAAUAUAUCAGGUUUAGGCGGUGGUCUGAGCGGCUUAACCUCAAAAUAUGUGGUUAAGGUCAAGAUUCAGUCGCUCUACGAUCCAACCUUUAAGUUGCAAGUGAAAGCACAUGUUCUUCAAACGGUGACCACUGUGUUACCACAAAAGAAGUUCAGGCCAACUACUUGGACUGAGCUUGGCCGCAUUAGUUUGGCUGAUCCACAGUAUAAUUCGCCUAAUAGAAUCGAUGUUCUGUUAGGCUCCGAGGUGUAUUGUGCUGUCCUGAAACAAGGGUUGAUUAAAAGCCCUAAUGGUUUGGUUAUUGCUCAGGAUACUCACCUUGGAUGGGUGUUGUCGGGUCAAGUUGAAGGCUAUGAUGGAGAACAAGCUGCAUGUCAUAACAUUGUUAUGAGCUUUCAUGUUCAUUUAGAAGAUAACGAACUUCUCAAGAAAUUUUGGGAGAUUGAAGAUGAACCUAGUCCAAAGAAACGUAUAUUGACUGCGGAAGAACAGGAUUGCGAAAAUCAUUUCAACAUGACAACCCGUAGAGAUGAGACUGGUCGUUAUGUGGUAGAAUUACCUUUUCGUCCAAAUGCUCGUAGAGACUACGGUGAUACUAGGUCAGUCGCUGUAAAACGCUUGUUUAGUCUGGAAAAGAGAUUAGAUAAGAACAGUCAAAUGAAAGAGAAUUAUUCUCAAGUAAUAGAAGAAUAUUUGGAACUUGGGCAUAUGGAGAAGGUUCACGAUAAGUCAUCGACCAUAGAAAGUAAAGUAUGGUUACCUCAUCAUGCUGUUGUUCGGUUGGACAGAAGUACAACUAAAACUAGAGUGGUUUUUAAUGCAGCCGAUCGAAGCGCUAAUGGAUUAUCGUUAAAUGAUAUGUUGAUGGUGGGUCCAACGCUUCAAAUGGAUUUACGUCAUUUGAUCAUGCGUUGGCGUUCUCAUCCCAUAUGUCUCACAGCCGAUAUCGUUAAAAUGUAUCGGCAAAUUAAAGUGGCUGAAAAACAUACAGAUUUUCAGAGGAUUGUAUGGCGAUCGGAAGAUGGAGUUAUACAAGACUAUCGUCUUUUAACUGUCACUUUCGGCACCUCAUGUGCUCCUUAUUUAGCUGUAAAGGCAUUACAGCAAGUAGCUGUGGAUGAAGGUCGUGAUUUCCCGAAUGCGGCAAGUAGAGUUCUGACGGAUUUCUACAUGGACGAUCUUCUCACCGGCGCUGAGACAGAAGAAGAAGCUUUUACAGUAUAUAAAGAAAUGAAUGAAUUGCUAAGUAAGGGAGGAUUCCAAUUACAAAAAUGGACAUGUAACCGAGUAGCUUUGUUUGGUGGAAUUGAACUGGAAAUGGAAAGGGAGCUAAAGAAUUUAUGA